AGAACAUACAAUCGUGCCACCAAACAGGUGUCAUCUACAAGGAAGGUGUACACACGGUGAAUAAAAUUCGUACUCAGUCAGCCUCCGGCCACGUCCGCGAACGGCCGCAUAAUGUAUCGAUUUGUGACGUUUCUAUUUUUUGCUUCUACGUGUUAUUGCAAGACGGAGUUCAGUGGACGCGCCAGGAACUUCAGCAUUGAAUUACUUCACUACACAGCACAGGAAACAGGCGGCCAUGUCGUCAUAUCCCCCUUUGGUGUUUGGACUCUGAUGACGGGCGUCGCUCUCGGCGCAACGGGCCAAAGCUACGAACAACUGACAAAUGCGUUCGUCCUACCGAAAAACCCGCUUACAUUGAUAACCGGAUUCAAAAAGCUAUCGAACACCGUCCUCAAUCCUACCACACCAGCUGUUAGUCUUACGAGCAAGAAUUUCGUCUUCCUAGACCAUGGAUUUAUGAUCUACGAUGAUUUCAAGAAGACUUUGCUCAACGAUUUCGGUGCGACAAUACAAACUUUGAACUUCAAGGAUUCUAACAAAGCUGCGGAGGCGGCUAACUCCAUAAUACAAAAGUCAGGCGCGACCGUAUCAAAUGUUUUGCGUUCAGAUGACUUUAUGGAUUCAAGGAUGAUACUUACGAAUGCAAUAUCAUUCAAAGGUCUCUGGGCGUUGCCGUUUAAUAAAUCCGAAACAACUGAAGAGCCAUUCUUCGAUGAGAAUAAUAAACAAAUAGGCAAAGUCAACAUGAUGUAUCAAAAAGCACCGGUAGCAUUCUCUAACAUCAGAGCUAUGAACGCUCUAGCAUUAGACAUGCCUUACGGUAACGACGGAAAAUAUUCUAUGCUCCUCAUUUUGCCGUAUCCUAAAGUUAAAGUUACAGAUGUAUACAAGAAAUUCGAAAGUGUUAGUAUCACUGAUAUUUAUAAGCAGUUACAGACUGACGUAGAUGAGUUCGGUUUGGAAGAAAUAGAUGUUAGAAUACCAAGAUUCCGCAUUAGUACGAAUGUGGUACUUAACAAGCCAUUAGGAUACAUGGGUGUUAAAGAUAUAUUCCAGCCUCAUUUAGCUACCUUCGGUCGUGUUACAAAAGAGGAGAUUUUUGUGUCCGCGAUUGUACAUAAAGCCGAUAUAGAAGUGACAGAGUCUGGUACAGUCGCGUCCGCAGCGACAUCUGCCUACAUCGCAGAUAGGAUAGCAACACCAAACUUCCAAGCGAAUCGACCGUUCAUAUAUUUCGUCAUGGAAAAAUCCACUGCAACUGUGAUAUUUGGUGGCAUUUAUUCUAAACCUACUAUUUUUUAGUUAAGUGUUAAUUAUUCUAUAUUAAUAUUUGUAUCUUUGUGAGGUUGUGAUUGUGCAAAUGUCAUGUCAGACUGAGACAAUAAAAAUUUCGUCCAAAAUAAUUUUAAUUAAAUUCAUUCUUUAAAUAAUAUAACAAGCAAUAAAUUGCUUAAGUGUAAUGACAUGAAAUAUGUAAUUAUAUUAAAAAAAUAAUACUUUAUAGUCAAGUUUUUAUAUCACCUUAUCCGUAUCAAUAAGACUGUCUUAAAAGAAAGAAUGUAUCCGAAAAAAAAAUUACGUCAAUUAGAAGCAAAAUAAAAUUGAAUUUCGAAC